CGCCUUCAGGGGGCAUGGCAGUUUUUGUGUGUAUGUAAAAAAGAAGGAAAGUAUACUAAAGAGUUCAGACCACGACCGUGCUCAUCAUUUUAAGACUUCACCUGUCGAAGAUACAGAGGAUGUUGCUCAGGGUAUCGCACUUAAAAACAUGAAUUUGUACUGGUUGAACAAGUGCAACAAGAAGCGUUCCUAAAUGUGUUCAACAGCCAACUACGCUUUCCCACCAACGAGAACCUGCGAGGUAUCUGGCAGGCUAUGUGAUGGAGUGUCCUCUAAUUUUCAUGGAGGUAGAUUUCAUGGAGCACAAGACUCAGAGAUGGACAUGGCCUGGCAGGAACUAAUGGCCAUACCUGAGCUGCAGGGCUUGGAGGCACCCGGUGAAAGCACCUAUGAAACACAAUACCCAAGCAUUGAGCCAAUGGCUCAUAUAGGUGCAUAUGAGAUGGCCCACUCUGAGCUGCCUGCUCAUUCUACAUAUGAGGGCACAACGCACAUGUACCAUGGAGGUUACUCUGAGGACACCUGUUAUCGCACAGAGGCACUGUACGAGCAUUCCCGACCUAAGCUCAACCGGAACCUGCCACCUCUCUCGUCUCAACCUCACCACUUGCCGACAGCGCUCCCUGAAAUAAGCUUGUCAGGUACCAGCCGGCCCAAUUGCAGCCUACCUCAAGGGCUGGGGGGGCGGCGCACAAUGUGGACUUUACAUGGACUAAGUUCACAUGCUCGAACAGCUGAUGAUCUGGAGUCAGAUUCAGGUUUGUCUCUAGGAUCUAGUCCACCAUUAGCCUCGCCUGAAAAUCCUGCUGCAGGAGCACCAGGUUACAAGAGUGUGGACAUUGCCAUUCCAUGUGCAGAAUCAGAACGCAUGACUGAACACAAGAAUACACACAUCAGCUACAUGACGGACUACCAAAAUCAGUCUGACUCAUAUACACAAUCUGGGUCACAACCUUAUUUCACACCGCAGCAACAUUUAAGCCAUUCACAACCUAAUGCUUUAAAACGUCAGACUUUGGGUGACGUACACAACUCAAGAAGGCCCAGCACUGGGAGCUGGCAACAUGCCAUGAAUACACAACCUCCAGGAAGUUUACAAACACCUACAAUGAGCAGGGAUGAAAGGCGGGCCAUGACGUUGAAGAUUCCCUUCCCAAUCGAUAAGAUUAUCAAUCUGCCAGUGGACGAUUUCAAUGAACUCCUGACACAGUACACCCUGUCUGAUGCUCAACUGGCACUGAUUAAGGACAUCAGGCGGAGGGGCAAGAACAAAGUGGCAGCACAAAACUGCCGCAAGCGCAAAUUGGACAGCAUAAUUCACCUUGAAAGAGAAUUGGGUGAGCUGCAGGCCACGAGGGAAAACUUGGUCCAGGAGAGGUUUGAGUUCCAACACAGUUUAGCUUUUAUUAAGCAUCACCUCACUGACUUGUAUGCUGAAGUCUUUUCUCACCUGAGAGAUGAAACUGGACAACCAUAUUCAAUAGAUGAGUACUACCUACAGCAAACUCCAGAUGGUAAAGUAUAUCUGGUGCCUCAAACAAUGAUGCAGAAGAGAGAACAUUGCUGAUGAAUGUACAUCAGAAAUAUUUACUGAAAAAUUGUGACAACUACCUAAAUGGACUCCAGUCCUUACAAAAUCUGAGCAUUGUGUAUUAUACAAUUCAUGUUUUCAAAUAAACAAGACACACCUUAUAAAAAUAUAAUUUUAUUUAAAAAAAUAAAGUGUAAAAUGUUUACCAAAAUUCAUAAAAACAUCUUCAGCACCAAUUCAGCUUUCUGUGGAAUUCUGCAAAAAAACAGAAAAGAAAAUACAAUGAAUUUCCCCUAACACAAAAUGCAGGCAUUCGUGAUGGCAAACUUGAAGAUGCACAAUUGUGUGCUUCACCGAGGGUCGUUCGGAUUGUACCUGAUUUAUCGGUUUUCAGUUCGAUGAACUUUGUUCCCCCUGAGUGCAUGCUUGACUGUACUACCUGAAAGCAGAAACAAGUCAAUA